GAAAUGGGUUCUUUUUGUUGUUAAAAAAAGGCUCUGGAAAGCUAUUCUUCUAAUGAAAUUGGAAUCAGCUUUUCUAUAAUAUGACAUAGAAAGCCCUGUUUGCCAUCUGAUCCCUUUGUAAAAAGCAGACCCUGAAGCCAUGAUUUCUCUUCAGUCCUUGUCUCUCAUGCCUGCUAAGGCCUGAUACCGCUCCACUAGAUUCCUCUUCUCCCCCUAACCCCCUCCCCACACCCCCCCUCUCCUCCCUUAUUUGUUCCCUCAUGAGCUUCUCUACUAGAUUUUUCUUUUUAAAGUUUGCUACUUUGUCUCUCCUUGUGGCUCCCUCACUAGUUUUUGUUGCUUUCUUAGCUUUAUCUCUUUUGGACUGGUUUUGAGCCCACCUGAAGAGAAGAGUAGGAGGAGGAAUGAUGGAGGGGGACACCUUCUCAGGCCUUGGCAACGGAACCCAAGUGGACAACAAAAUCCUCCAAAACUUCCAGAAGAGCUUUGUCCAGGUCCAGAGCAUCCUGGAUCAGAACAGGCUACUGAUCAAUGAGAUCAACCAAAACCAUGAGUCCAAGAUCCCCGACAACCUCAGCCGGAAUGUUGGCCUAAUCCGGGAGCUGAACAACAACAUCCGGCGAGUCGUCGACCUCUACGCCGACCUCUCCUUCUCCUUUACCAAAUCCAUGGAUGCAUCGUCCGAGGGGGAGUCGGAUGGCAAGCCGGGUCACAAGCGAAAUAGGCCCGGCUAGAGAGGUAUUUCAAGGCAAAAACUUUCAGCCUUUGGAUUCUUUCACAGCAGCAAGGAACUUCAUAGAUUCAUAGAGAGAAAGAGAGAAGCCUGCUCUUCAUAAUAACAGGUGAUCGCUUGCCAUGUUGUAAGCCAAUGUACCUCUCCUUUUCUUCUAUCCCAUUGAUGUGAAAGCUCUCUGCCUACCUUCUAGACUAGUCUACCAUUUCUUCUGUUGUUGUUUAAUGUACUUUCGAUUCUGUUCUCAUGGGCAUACCUUUUGUCAUGGAAUCAAAGUGUUUUUAGCUUAGCUAAGAAGACCUUUUUGCUAUUUGUAUGAGAUUGAACGCCUGCCAAGCUUGGUGGCCUGUAAUGCUUUUAAGACAUCAGCAAGAAAGCAA